AUGAAUUUUCGACUAUGUCAAUCCAGGGAUGACUGGACACAGCUGGAUAUGAAAAAGAAAAAACGUGACCCAGAUGCUGCCUUGCCUGCUACUGUUGCAAAAUGUGGAGCCACUGAGAAAAUACCCAAAUCAUUGAAAACAAAACAAUGGUCACAAGUUAAAGUACAUGAAGUAAGCAACAAACCCAAGAAGAAUGCUAGUGCCCAAAUUACCUGUGUCUCUAACAAAAGAAAAUCACCUGAACCCACGCCACUAUCGCAACUUCCAGCUACAACCAAUUCACCUCCUACUCAUGACAAAGAGCCCAACAUUGGAUGCCUUCAAGAUAUUGAACGUCUUCAAGGAGAUAUUGGUAAACAGAUUACAGAGAUGAGAGAUCUCCUUGAGAAUCUGGUGAAAGAAUGUAACAAUCCCAAGUCAGUCCCUCCUGAAGAGGAUCAAGAACCGCCUGACCCAAGCCAUGAACAAGGGGCUUUGAGAUCCAUCACUCGACAAGUGUAUAUUGUACAGCAACAAAUUGCAGAUGUUGAGCGCAAGUUGAAUGUUAUGCAUAAUUACAAGACUGUUGGACAUGUGUAUGCAAACAAGAUGAAUUUGACAAAAUCUCGACUGACCUCUGCGUAUCGAGGUGCAUACAAGUCCCUGCAAGGAAUGACGAAUCACCUGAGGAGAUUUGCUGGCCCGUCUGCAGAUCCUGUCUUCCAGCUCAGGCUAGUGGACAUUCUCUCGCAAUUGCUUCAGUCUAUUCACAGACUACUUGACAUCUAUCUUCAGCUGACCAAUAACUGCAAUUCAAAUUCCCCUGAACUCCUUGAACUUGUUGACAUGGCUGAUGCUCUUCAAGCUGAAUGGCAAGCAAAACUGGAGUAUAAGUUGAAACGAUUUAUGGCAAGUGGUGUGCAGGGUUCAACAACUUCUCCUGGCUCAUCAAAGAAAAAGACCAAAUCCAUCCAGAAGAACCCUCGACAACAGCUUUCAACAGAUGUUAUGCCUGAAAGGAAAUCCAUUCUCCGGACCACUUCAGAACCAUCCAAUCUAAGUAGAGGUGCCCACAAAAUAACCAAAAAACUCCCUACCACCAAAAAAAAUACCAAAAGUGUCAUUUUUUCUGCUCAAGUACAGGCUCAUCGUAAACCUCCUGAAGUCUCUAAUCAAAACACCUAUGCCCAACCAACUUUGUCAUCUCGUAUGAAAUCUUUGUCUGACCUGAAACCAGAAGAGAAAUCAGAACCUCUUGAACCACGACAGUCUCCUCGAACAAGCAUAGCUGAGAACAGAGAACAACAACCACCACCACCACCAACAUCAUCAGUAUUAUUGCCUGGCUUUGGUAGUCAGCAAUUUGUUUCCAAUUCCAAAAACAAGAUGAAAAAUAUUGGUGAAUCCAUUAUUGAGGAACUGUUGACACUUGAAUCCAAGCAGCAAGAGAAACAGGAAGCAAAGUGUUCAUCUACAACCAUAAAUGACACACGGAAUGUUGACAGUCAACAAUCAAAGUCAGAUGUUCAUUUUACAGAUGAAGGGUUCAAGUCAGUUGAUUUGAAUCUGCCUCCCCUCGAGGUUUUGCUUCACAGAUUACAAGAAAUGGAGAAAGAAGAAAUUCAGAUUCGCUCUCGUUGGGCUUCUAGCAGAUAUUAUGACAUGGAAGCAGCAACUGAGGAAUGUUUCAAAGCCAAAGGUUCUCUUACCACAGCCAACCACCAGCCACGUUCCCCUAGUCCAAUAAUUUUCUCUAAGAAAACUGACACAAGACAAACUUUUGAAAUCUUCCAAGAGCAACCACAGAGACACUCAUCUGGUGAAUUCCCAGGUGCCAUCCGGUUCACCAAAAAGGCUGUCAAAAGUACCUUUCAAGAAAUGCAAAUUGAAGAUGACGAACAGAAAGCAGACGAUGACAGGGGAAACCAAAGAAUCCAGUUGGGCCAUCAGCAAAAACAAAAGAUCACCAACCUAGAUUAUCAGGGUAGAAAACCUAAGCGUCUUUUCCUAUCCAAUAAAAUCUUGAAAAACGUUACUGAGAAUCGUCAGAGGUUCUCAAAUUAUCUACUCAAUUCUGCAUACCAUCAAGUGGAAAGUUUUGAUCCUUGGCAUCUGACAGAGGAACUGGCUGAUUCAAUACUCGAAGACUGCAUACAGGAAGUUAGUGAAGAAAUGCAAGACCUGAGUCAUGACUUGGUUCAUCACCUUUUUAAUAAUGAGUUCAUUGCGUUUUCUCCACCCUCCACCAUACAGCCUCCACCCACCAAAAUGCUAGACAUCUCUGAAUAA